AUGCUCCAUCCAACCAGUGCCAUCAUGUACUCCCAGGUAUGGCGCCUCAAGUCUCACCCGUCUGUGAUCGUCUGGAGCGCAAACAACGAGAACGAAGCGGUGCUGGCGGGCGACUGGUUCCACAUCCCGCCCUCGCAGAGGCCCACGUACCUGAAGGACUACGUGACGCUCUACGUGGACAACAUCAGGGCCCUCGUCAAAGAAGAGGACUCCAGUCGUCCUUUCCUGGUCUCCAGUCCCACAAACGGGGCCAAGUCGGAGCAGGAGGGCUACGUCGCGGGCGACCCCUACGACCCCCACUAUGGCGACACCCACUUUUACAGCUACCUCCACGACUGCUGGCACUGGUACCUUCCUCGGACUCGCUUCGCCUCAGAGUACGGCUUCCAGUCCUGGCCUUCUUUCUCCACACUGCAGCCGGUUUCCGUUCCGGAAGACUGGAGCUACAGCAGCAGCUUCUCUGCGCACCGCCAGCACCACCAGGAUGGCAACCAGCAGAUGUUGCAGCAGGCCGCCAUACACUUCCACCUGCCCAACUCCACUGAUCCCCUCAGGAGGUUUAAAGACACGCUCUACCUGACACAGGUGAUGCAGGCUCAAUGCGUGAAGACUCAGACGGACUUUUACCGCCGAAGCCGGAGCGAGAUCAUUGAUGGCAAAGGUCACACCAUGGGCGCCCUCUACUGGCAGCUCAACGAUGUUUGGCAGGCGCCCUCUUGGUCCUCAAUUGAAUUUGGCGGGAAGUGGAAAAUGCUGCAUUACUUCGCUCAGGACUUCUUCGCCGACGUCCUGCCCGUGAGCUUCGAGGAUAGCGACAUGCUGCUCAUCUACGCCGUGUCAGAUCUGAGUGGAGACAUCAAAGUCAGGGCCGUGGUGUCCGUUUACACGUGGAGUGAUCCGGAUCCUAUUUGCACCCUCAAGUCCCAGCUGCUUCCGGUGCCGGGAGGCAGCGCCGUGCCCGUUUUCAAGCAGCCGGUCGCUGCCCUGCUGGCGGGGUGCGGUCACUGCACCCGCCUCACCUGCCUGCUCAGCUUCCGGCUAGAGGACGGUGGCGGGCGGCAACAGGGGCCCUCCAACCACCACUUCCUGUGCUCGCCUAAAGACGCCCAGGGCCUCCGGCGGCCCAACAUCACGGCCAAAGUGCAGGAAUCUAGCGAGGGGUUGCUUGUCCGGCUCCACUCCUCCGCCAUUGCUCCUUUUGUGUGGCUUGACGCCGGUAGCCUUCCCGGGCGUUUUAGCUCCAAUGGCUUCCUGAUGCUCUCCAGGGACAAGCCGGUGGUUUUCCAGCCGUGGCGACCCACCAGCGUUGCAGAACUCACCACGUCCCUCACUAUCACGUCUUUGAGUGACGUCUAUUGGCCUUGACCGAGGUGAACAUUCCACAUCACGGUUAUUGUGACCAAAGCCGUUAUCGUUACUAUCAGGGUGUUGUUGACGUUACUAUCAGGGUGUUGAUGAAUGUGCUCCGAAAGUACUGAUACUAACCGAUGGACACACAAUAAAAAAAAAAAAUUCUAAGGCGGUAUAGCUCGGUUGGUACUGUGGCCGUGCCAGCAACUUGAGGGUUCCAAGUUCGAGCCCUAGUCCAGUCAUGGUGCUGGUUAAGUAACACUGGGAUAGACUAUACAGUAUCAUUUGAUAUUAAAAGUAAAAUAAUGGCAGAAAAAGUUAAAAAAAAAUAAAAAAAAAUCACAUUUUUCAAACAAUUUCACACUAGAAAAAAAUCUAAAACUUUUUCUCACUCCUUUUCAAAUAUGUAAAAAAAAAAAAAAAAAAAAGGCCAUUGCUCAUUUUGUUGAUUUUUUUUUGUCGUUUUUUAUUCUCCAUUAUUUCAUUUUGUUAUAAUGGCAGUUAAGGCUAUAGCACUGUAUUGGAUCAGGCUUGCUCUUGUUUGUUUUUUUGCUUUAUUUGAAAUAAAAAUACAUCAAAUCAAAUAUUAAAAGUCAAAUAAUGGCAGAAAAUGUUAAAAAAAUAAUAACAAUUUUCAAACAAUUUCACCCUGGAAAAAAAUCUAAAAUAAUUCAUUUAUUUUCAAACCACGACACAAAACCCACAUUUAACCAUCAGUUAAAGUCGCCUUGUAAUUAAAAAAAUUAAUUAAAAAAAGUAAAUAACUGUCAAUUCUAUGUAAUUUUUUGUUGUUUAUUUAAAUAUUAUUAAUACUUAAAUAUAUUUUAAGUCCAGUCAUGGUGCUGGUUAAGAAACACUGGAAUAGACUAUACAGUAUCAUUUGAUAUUCAAAGUAAAAUAAUGGCAGAAAAAGUGAAAAAAAAAUUAAAAAAUCACAUUUUUCAAACAAUUUCACACUGGAAAAAAAUCUAAAACUUUUUCUCACUCCUUUUCAAAUAUGUAAAAAAAAAAAAAAAGGCCAUUGCUCAUUUUGUUAAUUUUUUUGUUGUUUUUUAUUCUCCAUUGUUUUCAUUUUGUUAUAAUGGCUGUUAAGGCUAUAGCACUGUAUUGGAUCAGGCUUUCUCUUGUUUUUUUUUUUUGCAUAUUUGAAAUAAAAAUACAUCAAAUCAAAUAUUAAAAGUAAAAUAAUGGCAUAAAAUGUUAAAAAAA